AUGGCCCCCAUUUCAGACCCCUCACACACAUUCCAGAAACUCACUCUCAAUACCUCAACGCCGCACAAGCCCGUUGCCUCGACCUUUGCCUCGUUUGCUCCCCUGACCCGUAAAGACUCCCCGCACAAUGGCCCCGCCCAGUCGCAGCUAACGGCUGAAUUUGCUGCUGCAGAGCCUCGGAAAAUCUGCAAUGCUCGUAACAUUCAGCGUCAUGAGCGCCCUGAAUCCGACGACGACGGCUCCCUUGCCGUGGGAAGCAGCGGAAGUGACGGCGACUAUGUGAACCAAUUCAGAGAGCGCACGAAGAGCAUCACUUUCAGCAAUGAGGUUCGCCUUGACUCGGGUCAGGGUGUCAGCCUGGGCGUACCUGUACCAAAGUCUUUCCGCCAGUCGUCGCAAUCGCACUUGCAUUCACGUCCCUCCGAAAGCGGAAGCUACUCUGAUGCAUCGCCGCAAGACUACCUGGAGAUGCCCUUCAGUGUACGCAGGCACGUUCCGUACCCUGUAGGCGUGCCCCGCUACCCGCGUAUGCCAGUCGCGGUGAAUGACCUGGAAGGCGAGUAUCGCGACCAGGUUGCCUCGCUGACGUCUGAUGCCACGGCAUCGCCGCCGCUGGAAGAAGCCCAGACACCGCUGGAGAUGCCGUCAGAGUACAUGCUUUCACCAUUGCAUGCUGCUACUUCGCCAAUGGAGUUUCCGCUCUUCUCGCCCUCGUCGCGUCGCAUUGGACCACCUCGCACCAAGAGCUUUAGAUCGGAGAUAGGCGAGGAUGGUAGUUUGAGGAGGACGAGCCGACGGUCUUCUGCCCGCUCUGGGCGCUCCCUUUCGUCCAUGUCACCGGCGGCCUCGUUCCUCGCGCGUUACAAGGCCUCCGAGGCUCCGAUCAAAGCCCCUGAGCCAGACGACGAAGGCCAAGGCAUUGGCUACGACAGUGAAUACAUUAUCGGAAAGCAGAUUGGGUACGGUGGCUUCAGCAUUGUCAAGGAAGUCACGAGCAUGGAAAACGGCAAGCCCGUUGUGGAUGCUGUUAAGAUUGUGCGCAAGCUGCAGCAGGACAAGUCUGAAUUAGAGAACGAGCAAAUUCAGACACAAUUCGACCAUGAGGUGGAGAUAUGGCGCUUCCUGCGUCACCCCUAUAUCCUCCCUCUCCUGAGGGUCUACACCACCGACUAUGCUACCUUUUGCAUCACCAAGCUGAACAAGGGCGGCACACUGUUUGAUCUCGUUCGCGACAUUCGCCGCAAGAAGAUGAACGGCCUGCCUGCUCACUUGGUGAAGCGUUAUGCCUACCAGCUGGCUUCGGCGAUGCGUUACCUGCACAAUGACGUCCAGGUAGUGCACCGUGACAUCAAGCUGGAAAACUGCCUCCUCGACAUGACAGUCCCCAACGCCGAGCGCGACGGAGGAGAUCUUCUUCUCUGCGACUUCGGAAUGGCCGACUUUAUUGUUAGCGAUCAGCGCGACGGCCCAGAGCCCCACUCAAUUGGCGACAAUCAGAACAUCGGCCCCGCCGAGACCAGCACCUCCAUCGCCGGCAGCCUACAGUAUGCGGCUCCAGAGCUGUUCAACGCACCCGGUCCUGUCUUCUCCCCGGAGGCGGACAUUUGGGCGUUUGGCGUGGUCGUGUACGCGCUGCUUACCGCCACCCUACCUUUCAACGACGGCCUUGACAUUAAGACCAUAGAGAAGAUUCAAAAUUGCGAUUGGGAUCCAGAGCCCAUCCGCAACUCCGAAGCUGCCCAGGAAGGCUGCAUUGACGACGCCCUUGAACUGGUGAGGGGUUGUCUCGAGAUUGAUGUUGAGAAGCGCUGGAACGUUCAUGACAUUCUCGACUGCGCGUGGUUGCACGACUGUGAACAGCGAUUCGAGCAUGUUGCUCGUCCUUGGAUCGUCCAGUCCUGA